GGUUUUAAGAGGUUAUGUUUGUGAAUUCCGUUCAAAUGUAAUAUCGUCGUAACAUAUUAACAUAUUGCAUUUUAAACUAUAAGUUAUUAGUUUAUAAUGUCGGUAACUCUAGAUAUUCGAGUUAAAAAGGCCAACAAAGUUUAUCAUGAAGGAGAAACUAUCAGCGGUGUGGUCAUUUUCAACUCUCCUUCUGAUCUAAAGCAUGAUGGAAUCACUUUAAAUUUAGAAGGGACGGUUAAUUUACAGUUAAGUCCCAAAAACGUUGGUGUUUUUGAAGCUUUCUACAAUUCAGUAAAGCCGAUUCAGUUGGUACAAUGCUCAAUAGAGGUAGCAGCGCCAGGGAAAAUGCCAUCAGGCAAGACAGAAGUUCCGUUUGAAGCUCCACUUUAUCCCAGACCCAACAAAACUCUGUUUGAGACUUAUCAUGGGGUUUUCAUCAACAUUCAGUAUCUUCUGCGAUGCACGUUGAAGCGAAGUUUUCUGGCAAAGGAUCUGACCAAAGUUGCUGAGUUCAUUGUCGAGUAUAAGGCGAGCCAGUGUGAGAAGGCAGUUCCAUCACCUGUCAAGUUCUCCAUCGCGCCUGAGUCGUUGCAGAACGUCCGAGACCGAGGCAGGAUACCGCGGUUUGCCGUCUCCGGAAUGUUGGAUUCCACCGUUUGUUGCAUCACCAAACCCUUCACUGGACAUUUGGUUGUAGAAAGCUGUGAAAUAGGAAUCAAAUCGAUCGAACUUCAGUUGGUUCGUGUGGAAACCUGUGGCUGCGCUGAAGGCUAUGCACGGGAUGCAACCGAGAUCCAGAACAUCCAGAUAGGCGAGGGUAAUGUGGCUCGAGGCAUCCAUAUCCCGAUAUAUAUGAUAUUUCCCAGACUUUUCACCUGCCCUACACUGUCCACAAGCAACUUUAAAGUUGAGUUUGAGGUGAACAUUGUAAUAAUAUUCGAGAAUGAUCAUCUAGUUACGGAAAACUUUCCUAUCACACUCAAGAGAUCCUGAUUAUUCCCCUUCCAACUUCCUGAGGGGUCUUCCCUCUAAGAAGUUCUGUUUGUGAGGUCUCAGCUCUCAAGUGAAGUUCAAGAACUCAAAUUGUUGAUGGUUUCUACUGACUGUUUUAAUAUGUUAUGUUGUAAAUGAAGUAAUAUCCAAGGAAAACAUUCCAACUCAAUAUACAUCAUCUAGUAAAUCUCCUAACUUCAAUCUAUUAUAAUGUCAAAUGUUAUAUAUACAUAUACUUUUUAUUGUUGUCAAGAGAUUGUAAAAUAACUUUAUCAUGUUGUAAAGUGUUUUAAUAUUUUAUAAUAAAUUAAAUUA